CUAUCUCUUCUGCUCUAAUUCACCGUGAACAUAACAGCCCAGGUCGAUACUACUUCCUCUCUCUUCUCACUCUACCUCUCUCCACCACACACGCGCGCGCCGCAGCCUGCAGCUGUAUGCGUCCGUCCUCGCGCCAGCGGGUGGCCGCCUGGCUGCUCGCGCUGUCGUUGGGGAGAGGCGGAGAGGAAUGCGCGCGCCGCGGCCGCCUGGAGAUGAUCUCGUUUUGGUUGCUCUGCUGGAAGCUGUUGGUUGGAACCCCAAACGCUACCAAACUGCAGAAGUCGUGUUCUUCUUCGAGAACAGGUCACUCGGUGCGCAACUUGCCAUCGUCAUGCGUUUAGCUUUGUAGCUAACAGCUGGACCGUUGCAACAUGUCCUUCCGUGUCUUCAUAGCCCUUGCAGAAGCUUAGUCAUCCGGCCUGGAAGAGAGCAACAGCUGGGCUAGGGAGGACAGCUGAGUUAACAGACGGUAACCACGACAACAGUGGCUCCAGCAACAAUAACCCUGUCAACGACUCUCCCACUGCUAUACAGCCAACAGAUCCAGUAACCAUGGAGAUCAGCUCAUCGCCUCCUCUAACCCACAUAGAGAGAGAAAAUGUGGUCAGCUGGCGCAGCCAGGAAGUAGAAGAUCUCCAUUACCCAGAGGGCCAUGGGGUGCAGCAGCCAAUCCGGGGUGAGCAGGAGGAAGAAGGGGCAACAGAAAAGCAAAAUGAGAAAAGAGAUGAAGAUGAGCUGGACUAUCUUGUUUUUGUGAUAGGAGAGAAGCAGGAAGAAGAUAUAGGAAGUGAAAAUGACGGAGGACGAGACACAGAAAGAAGAGAGGAGGAGAGAGAAGAUGGAGGAAGAGGAGACACAGAAAGAGGAGAGAAGGAGGGAGGAGAUGGAGGAAAAAGAGACACCAAGAGAGGAGAGGACCAGGGAAUAGAUGGAGAAAGAGGAGACACAGAGAGAGAAGAGGAGGAGGGAGAAAAUGGAGAAAGAGGAGACACAGAGAAAGGAGAGGACCGGGGAAUAGAUGGAAGAAGAGGAGACACAGAGAGAGAAGAGAAGCAGGGAGAAGAUGGAGAAAGAGGAGACACAGAGAGAGAAGAGGAGGAGGGAGAAUAUGGAGGAAGAAGAGAAAUAGAAGGAAAGGAAGAAGGGAGUAGAGAAACAGAGAGGGAAGAUGGAAGAAGAGUAGAUACAAAAGAAGAGAAAAAAAGGAUAGAAGAGACAGUGGGAGAGAUGGAAGAGAAUGCUGUGUCAGCACUCCUGGUCGUCCAAUCAGAUCCCUCAGAGCAGGCCUGGUCUCAGCACCUCGGCGACACAGAUGACCUCAGCGACUGUCUCCUAGCCGAACUGGCUGUUGUAUACUCCGACAGUGAUGCAGGGGAGGACCAAUGGGCUGGCUCUCCGCCCUGUGAUGUCAGCAACCAGGAAGAAGCAGGCUAUGAUGGGGCGAGAGAGGAAGAGGAGAGAGAGAAAGAAGGGGAGGUGUCAGAAGUAAAGACUGGGAGAGAGGAGCAGAGAGAGGAGGAAGUAGAGAAGGAGGAGGAGAAGUGGGGAGGCAGGGAUGAUCAGGAUGAAGAGCAGAGCUCCAUAGCCAGCUCCACAGACCCUAACAGGAAGGUUCCUGUAGAUUUCUGUGUCCCACAAGAAAGCUACAGUGAAAAUGUCUCCACUGAGCAUGUGGACUUUCUGUUGGCCCGCCAGCAGUGGCGGAAGAUGGAGGAGGAGGUCAAAGGUCAGCCAAUCCCCAAACCAGGGCUCAGAGCUCAGGGGAGCUUCCAGGGCACACACACUUCACUGUAUCCCCCCACUCGCAGCCCCCGACUCAAACGCAGGGAGAUCCAUCCACCAGUGCAAAGGGAGCCACCCCUGUCCUUCACCAUGUCCCCCAGUUCAGAGGACUCAGGCCUCGAUGAUUUGUCAUACCGCAGCCCGCUGGACGAGCCAGAGAGUGCGGUGGAGAGAGAGAUCCGACUGACACUGGAGAGAGAAGAACACCACCGCAGGGAGAGGGGGGUGAUUACGCAGGGCCUAACUGCUACCAGAGGCUCCACCCUGCAGACAGGACAAUCUCCACCUAGACCUCCAGCCUGCCGCACUCCUACCUUGUCCAUCUCCCCGUCUCCUUCCUGCUCCACUUCCCUUUCCCGAUCUGUCUACCAUGAAAUGACAGCCAAUAAUGUCAUCAUCUUGGAGCCUGACAGCUCCGCCUCCAGGAACCGCUUACUCUCCUCUGCUAUAGGGGGCCUCUCCGAUUGGUCCACAAUCCAGGAUGCAGUGCCUUCCGCCAAUGUUAUUGUCGUGGAAACAUCCAAUCUCAUCAUUCGCAGCGCUUCCGAAUUCUGCCUGAGCUCCACCCCUGUGUCCAUGGAAACACAGGAGAGCACUUUCUUGUCCAAUCCAUUCUUCAAGCUGCGCUCCCUCAGCAGCCAGUCGCUGGUGGAGCAGGAGAUCCGCAUGGUGAGGCAGAGGGAGGAAGAGUGGAGGAGGCAGAGGGAGGAGAUGUGGAGGAGAGGGAGAGAGAGGUAUGAUACUGUGCUGGUUUCUCCAGCCCUCAGCGAUAACAUCACUUACAAUGUGCCGGAGGUUUCAGACAGAUGUGUUUCCUCCCCUUCGUCCCCCUCCAGGACCCGCAAAAUGGAACGAUCCAGUAUGUCUUGUGACCACAAGUUUCCCUCUUCCCUGUCUUCUGUGCCAAGACGACAGAACGCCAUGGCGCAACGAUGGGAGGCCUCCCUCUUAGCCAAUCAGAAGAAGGAGUAAGCAAUGACCACACUCAACUGACAGCCAUUUCAAAGCCGCACUGCAGUGUCUGUAGGACACCUCAUAAGAAGAGGACUAUUUCUUCAUUUAUCUAGUUUGGGUUUCCAUUAUGCUUUAAUGUCUGGAAACGUCCGUUGCAUGAUGUCUGAAACAGUAUGUCACAGUUUAUUAUAUAUAAUACCUCUGUAAGGCAUAUUCCCAGGAUGCCUGUCCCAAUAAUAACUGAGUAUAAAAUUGCAAUCAUAAUAAUGCUACUCUUUUUGACAUGUGACCCAGAUAUUAUGUAAACUUAGCAGUAUUCUGCUUCAAUAUUUAAUAUUUACAGCACUUUGAUUUUUGGGUGUUUAUGAAUUAUGGGACUAGAACAAUUGUUGAUAUUUGUGAAUUGUUAUGAUUAUGACUGAAAAUGAUGCAGUGACUUUCAAAAAUGUUCUGGGCAGUCAU